UCUAAAUGGAAAGAAAUCAUAAAAUCUUAAUAUUAAUACCAACAAUCAAUAAGCCGUUAUUCGAUCCUUAUAAACACUCCCCAUCAAUAAUAUUUCAUUCUACCCACACGCCACAAUGCCAAUGGAGUUCGUUCUUCAAUAUGUUGAACCUUCAACUCUUAUUUUUCUUCUCAUCUCUCUCACAACUUUUGUUCUCUUCUCCCUUGUCCUUCAGAGAAAAAAACUCCCAUACCCACCAGGCCCAAAGGGACUACCCAUCAUUGGGAACAUGUUGAUGAUGGACCAGCUAACCCACCGUGGUCUCGCCCAACUCGCCGAGAAGUUUGGUGGAUUUUGCCACCUUCAAAUGGGUGCCAUUCACAUUGUGGCCAUUUCGACACCAGAAAUGGCCCGCGAAGUCCUUCAGACUCAAGAUAGUGUUUUUGCAAAUCGGCCCGCUAACAUUGCAAUCACAUAUUUAACCUAUGAUCGGGCUGACAUGGCGUUUGCAAAUUACGGGCCAUUUUGGAGACAAAUGCGUAAGAUCUGUGUCAUGAAAUUAUUCAGCCGUAAACGGGCUGAAUCAUGGGCUUCUGUAAGAGAGGAAGUCGAGACAAUGAUUCAAACAGUUUCUUCUAAAGUCGGCUCGCCUGUUAAUUUAGGUGAACUAAUUUUCUCUCUUACACGGAGCAUUACCUUUAAGGCCGCGUUUGGAUCCAAUCUAAACAAAGGACAAGAGGAAUUCAUGGGAAUUUUGCAAGAAUUUUCUAAACUUUUUGGAGCUUUCGACAUUGCUGAAUUUAUUCCAUGGUUGGGUUGGUUUAAUGGACAAGAUUUCAACAAAAGAUUGGCUAGUGCAAGAAAAGCACUUGAUGUGUUUAUUGACGAGAUUAUUGAUGAUCAUGUCACAAAGAAAAACAACUUGAAGAAUAAAGAUAUUGAGAAUGAAGCAGAUGUUGAUAUGGUUGAUGAACUAAUGGAUUUCCUUGAUGAAAGAGAUGGUGCUGCUGCGGAAAUUUCACAAUCGGGGCUUAAGCUUACUAGAGAUAAUAUCAAAGCUCUUAUCAUGGAUGUGAUGUUUGGUGGAACUGAGACAGUAGCAUCAGUGAUAGAAUGGGCAUUGGCAGAACUCAUGAAAAGCCCAAAAGAUCUUCAAAAGGUUCAACAAGAGCUCACCGACGUUAUAGGUUUAGAUCGGAGAUUCAGCGAAACCGAUCUAGAAAAAUUGACGUAUCUCAAAUGUGUCAUCAAAGAAACAUUGCGACUCCACCCUCCAAUUCCCUUACUCCUCCAUGAGACAGCGGAAGAUACUAAUAUCGCAGGUUAUUUUGUCCCAAAAUCAACACGUGUUUGGAUAAACGCGUGGGCAAUUGGACGUGACAAAAGUGCAUGGGACGAGCCAGAGAAAUUUAACCCAUCGCGAUUCUUGAACGAUGGUAUGCCGGAUUUCAAAGGAAGUAACUUCGAAUUCAUUCCAUUUGGAUCGGGAAGAAGAUCAUGUCCAGGAAUGCAACUUGGACUAUAUGCUGUGGAAAUGACCAUAGCUAAUGUGCUUCAUUGUUUCAAAUGGGAGUUACCUAAUGGAAUGAAACCAAGUGAACUUGAUAUGAAUGAUGUGUUUGGUCUCACUGCUCCUAGAGCUGUUCAGCUUGUUGCGGUACCUAGUUAUCGUCUCAAUUGUUCUCUUUGAUUUGUUUUGUAGCUGUUUUCAGGAUUUUUUUCAGAUAAAAAAUAAUGUAAUUGGAGUAUCAAAUUUGAAUAUGUUGGAUUAUUUUAGACUCUAAGAAAAUGUGGCGAAUGGUAUUUAUCAAAUAUGGUUUAUUUUUUUUUAUAAUUUAAAGUAGAAGUCGUAAUUUCAGUCA